UCCCGACACUCUCUCUCUUCCUCUCCCUUCCUUUCUUCUUUCUCUCUCUUCUGUAAUUUUCUCUUGUUCGCGGAGAUUUCCUCUGUUUUCCAGGGUUAGAGGAGAGAACUUGCUAAAUCUCUCUCUCUUUCUCUCUUUCUCUCUCUCUCUCUCUCUCUCUCUCAAACAUAAAACAUGAUUCUCGAUAAAGGGUCUAAGCAAUCCAACCUUGAAUGUUUCCUUGAUCGUACGACUCCGGUGACCCCUUCCCAAUUCCUUCCCAAGAGCGAGAUCAGAAAUCUUAACAAGCUUUGGCAUCCAUGGGAGAGGGAAAAGGUUGAAUUUUUCAGACUGUCGGAUCUUUGGAAUUGUUACGAUGAAUGGAGUGCUUAUGGUGCUGGAGUUCCAAUUACCUUAGACACGGGCGAAACCCUAGUUCAAUACUAUGUUCCUUAUCUCUCUGCAAUCCAAAUCUUCAUCAGCACAAACGGUUUAAGGGAAGAGAUAGAGUCAAUAUGUGAGACAAGGGAUUCUUAUAGCGAUUCAUUAAGCGAAAGUGAGAGUGAGAAACUGUCAACAUGGGAUGGUUGUUCCUCUCAAGAUGGAUUGUCUGAUCAAGAUUGUCUAUGGCAUGUGAAUGAUAGACUUGGGACUCUUUAUUUUCAGUAUUUUGAAAGAUCGUCACCUUAUGGAAGAGUUCCUCUCAUGGAGAAGAUUUGUGGACUAUCACAAAGAUACCCGGGAUUAAUGUCGUUAAGGAAUGUAGAUCUUUCCCCGGCUAGUUGGAUGUCGGUUGCUUGGUAUCCAAUUUACCAUAUUCCCAUGGGAAGAACAAUAAAGGAUUUGUCGACGGGUUUCCUCACUUAUCACACACUUUCAUCUUGUUUUCAAGAUAUGGAGGUUGAUGAGGAUUGUUUGGGGAAUAGAAAGGAAGGAGAAGGGAUGGAGAGGAUAUGGCUAAAGCCAUUUGGUUUAGCGACAUACAAAAUGCAAGGAAACGUGUGGGUCUCGGGGAAGAAUGGGCAGGAUGAUCAAGAGAAGUUGGCUACGCUUUUCAGCGUGGCUGAUUCUUGGUUGAAGCAGUUGAAGGUUCAACAUCAUGAUUUUAGCUACUUUGUGGGAUUUAGGAAUGUUUGAUAGUAGUAAAUCACGGGUUUGGUUUGUCAUUUAGAAAGAAAUUAAGAAACUGUUUUGAUGAGACAUCCUUAAUUUGUACAGCCUCUUGUUCUAGGACAUCUCUCUGUUUUGUGUUUUAAGUGAGAGCUUUUGCUGACUUGCUGUGAAGAGUUUUUCUUAUUAUAUUCAUAGCUGAUCACAGUAUGAUCAAAUGUAGAUUUGCUAAUAUGUACCAGGAGAGACAGUGACAUUUCAUGUAGAUUUGAUGAUGAUGAUGAUGAUGAAUGUUUAGAACUAUGGCUAGUUAUUACUGCAAUCUUCGAAUUUGUUUUUUU